AUGGGUAAUGCUGUGGCGUCCUUUUUGCGAGAUUGCUGUGACAAGUUUUUUCGUAAACAGAUAAUUUUCCAAAUAAGAAUUUGUGGCCCAGCGCAAAGUGGGAAAACCACUUUAGUUAAGUACCUCCAGCACAGCCGAUUUUUGAAGGUCAAGCCGACGGAAGGCCUCCUGCCGGAAAAAAUCGACUUUGAAGAAUUUUCCGUCAUCAUAUGGGACUCCCGUUAUAGCAUAGAGGACGACGCGUCCAUUAACAGGCUAGACAUCGACGCGGUCAUUUACUGCAUCGACCUCUCCGAUCACGGGAGGUUAAAGAUAGCGAAAAGAGGAUUCUACAAAGUUCUGCAGGACUACAACCACAUCGAUGACUUCCUCGUCGUGGCAAGCAAACAGGACAGGAAGAGCUGCAUGCUGCUCCAGCAUGUCAGGAGUGAGCUAAAAAUUGACCACAUAGUUGAUAGGAACUGCCACUUAGCAGAAUGCUCUUCCAAAACUGGACACGGUGUGGAGCCCGCCAUGAACUGGCUCUUCAAUCAGCUCAUGAACCGCCGUAAGCGGAAUUUGUGUUUCGUAAAAUAA